AUGUGGUUAAUUUCACUGUUCUGGGUGUUAAGAUGGAUAAUUUUGGUACAUUUGGCACACCGUGCAGAUUGUGGAAGAUUUGUUACCACUGCAAUAAAAAAGGUGUCGUAUUUUCAGAAUGUUGCAAAAAAAAAUCAUUUGGUUAUUGCUUUAAAAUCCGAGACAAAACCUCAAUUACAUUUAUUCAAUGACACGUCAAAACUAGGUGUAAUAUAUAUUGGGGUUGGAAAUGAUUCAAAAGAACUUAUCAUUGAAUCAGAUUGUUUGCAUAACGUACAUACACACACGAGUGAUUUAGUUACUCCAACAGAAUACACAUGGUUAUGGAUAAGAUGGACCGGAACACAAAUAGAAUAUGGUACUGGGAAAACUCCUGGUGUAGAUUUGGUAUAUUAUACUUCCUUUUCUCAGGAUAUCAAGUAUAUUGGAUUUGCAAAAUAUGAUGGAAACUUUGAAUCCCAUUGGAUAGUUGGUCAAACCGAUGAACUAACGAAUGAAUCUGUAUUUAAGAGUAGAAAGAAUAGACGAAUUGUAGAUAUAGCAAUCAAACACAUUGUAAAGACUUAUACAAAAUGUGCUCUUAUGUGUUUGAAUCUGAAUGGAUGUUAUAGCUUCAACGUGUCAAAGGCUGUGAAUGGGAGGUCUAUUUGUGAACUUAUCACGAAAGAUUUACCAACAGGCGAUUGUUACGGUGCACUCAACAUGAACUGGGAGGGCGACAUUCAGGCAGGAUGGACAAAUUAUUAUCUUUAA